UUCACCCAAGCCAUUCUAUCAUUUUGUUAUUCCAUGAUUAAUGAAAAAAAUUACACCUGUCUAUCAUGCAUUAACACCAAGUAAAUCAUCGAAUCAUAGAAUAUCCUGCAUUGGAAGGGACCCAUAAGCAUUACUGAAUAGAACUCCAGGCUCCACACAGGACCACCCAAAAAUCAGACCAAAUGUCUGAGACAAUCGUCUAGACACUUGAACUCUGGCAAGCUCAGUGCCGUGACCAUGCCACCACCUCAGAAAGAAAGGUCAUUCUGAUAAUUCCAAACACAUUUAUUUUCAGAAGUUUUUAUUCUGCAGAGUAUUUGAAAAUGUUGAUUAUUCCUUUUUUUGGCCAAUUUCCCUUUGCAGCUUAGGAAAUCUCAAAACGUCAGAAAUUCUCUCUUAACCGAAACUCUGAGACUUCUCCCUUCUUUUUUACUCUUCAUGUGGCCCAAAUUUUAGCAUUUGUCUCUCCUCUCCCCCUCAGGGCACCCCCAUAACAAGGAAUAUCGUUAAGUGAGGAAUGAACGAGGACAUUUUGUCCAAGAAUAUUUCCACCCACUCUUCUCACUGAGUGCACAUGAGACCGCACUCGAACCCACAUGGGCCCCGUCUGUGGCUUGGGAAGAGGUGUUCCAGUGGUGCUAAUGGGAUCUGUCCCCAAAAUCCCCCAGACCUCUGUGUGAGAUUUCUGCAGUGCCCCAUGGUGCCUGAGGGCAAAGCAGUGGUUGUGCUGGCGCGGUGGGCGUUGGUGAGGUCUGUUAACCCGCUCUCCCUGGGGCUCUCGUUUUGGUUUGGCAGGUUUGACACCUGGCUUUCUUCUCAUUUAAAGCUGCCCCCCAGCUACCUGCUCAGCUACUUGGGCAACUACACCGAUGAUACCCAGAGCUGGAGGAUGGUUGACAUCACCCGCCUCACCACCAAGUACCAGCACGACCGGGCUGACCAGCGCAUCUGCACCUCUCUGCUGAAGACCAAAACAUGCAGCCUAGAGCGGGCCCUGCGCCGCACCCACCGCUUCCAGAAGUGGCUGAGGGCCAAGCGCCUCACGCCCGACCUGGUGCAGGGUCUGUCCAGCCCCAUGCUGCGCUGCCCAUCCCAGCGUCUCCUGGACCGGAUUGUGCGACGCUACGCUGAAGUGCCGGAUGCUGGCAGCAUCUACAUGGACCACCUCACUGAGCAGGACAAGCUGCGCCUCCUGUACACGCUGUCAGUGAAUUCACACCCUAUCCUCUUACAGAUCUUCCCUGAUGUGGAAGGGUGGCCCUUCCCACGGUAUCUGGGCUCCUGUGGGCGGCUGGUGGUCAGCGCCAGCACCCGGCCCCUAAGCGACUUCUUCAGGGCAGCCCCUGAGGUGGCAGCUGACCUGGCCCUCCAGCUCCUCGCUGUUCUCCGCUCCAUGGGCAACAACGACCUCAACUAUUUCUUCUACUUCACCCGUGUGGACGUUGGCACCUUUGGCGUGUUCAGCAACGGGCAUCUGUUCAUCCGGGAUGCCAGCACGCUGGGCAUCAUCGACAAGGAGGAAGGGAGCCAACCGAUGGAUGGCCAACAGGAGUAUAAGGAUAUCUUUAGCUGUUUGACUGUGGACUGCCAGUCUGCAUUUGUGUCCUGUAACUCCAUCAGAGAGAAGCAGAGCCUUGUCUUGGUGUGUCAGGAGCUUUUACCUAAGCUCCUGAAGGGGAAAUUCUCGCCACCUGUACAGGAGAAAAUAGACAGCUUCCUACAGUACUGCGUAGAGGGCCUCACUGAUGACCAGGACAUCAAUGAGGCAAUGGCAAAGCUGGCACAUCUCCUGAAGCCUCUGCAGUCUUGUGAUUCACGUUUUGCCUACCGCUACCCAGACUGCAAAUACAGUGACAAAUACUGAUGGUUUUGAAGGAAGGCUGCCCAAGAUGGUUGAGGCAGGGACAUCCCCAACCAGUGUAAGAAGAAGAAGGAACCAGAGUAGCUGAAUGGAGCUGCAGCAAUUCCGAGGCUUCCUUGCAGGGAUGAAGGAGUUGGGAACAGAGUGCACACAGGAUUUAUUGUUCAUCUCCCAGAGAUGCAUUUGUUACUUGGGAUGUUAGAUGUGAUGUGAGGCUUAUGGAUUAUAAACAUUAUCAUGAGUGACAGAGACUACAGGAUUAAUAAAUCUUCUUCAUGUAUUUUGGCCUUGGAAGAGUUUUCCAUGCCAUCCAUUAAAGAGAAGACCUCUGAAGGCAAUGUGCUCACAACUAGCUAGAUAGCAGAAUUUUAUUGCUAAGAACAACUUCCUGAUCAAGAUGAUAUAUACAUAAUGUGAGAUGGAUGGAAGCAUUUAAGACUUUCUUUGUGGAGAUUUUAGUGCACUAAAAGUCAUAGAUAAACUGAGCCACCUGAUGAGUUCCUUACCUUCAUCCAUCACAGAUGACUUUUAUAGAAUAUUUAAUUUUAUUAUUUUUAUGGCACACAGAACAGAAAAAUGCAAUCAACAGUAUUAAAAAGCUGAAAGACCCAAUGUCUCAUGAGACCUAAUUUUUCUAAUCCUAAAAUAUACUUUUAGUCUUUUCCAAGUUAAUGGGCAGUAAUUGGAGUCUAAUAAGUGUUCUUGUUUACAGGUUAAAAACAAACCAAAAUAACAAUAAAAAACAACUCUUAGA